GAAACCUGCAUGCAUCGGUCUCUUUGCGUAUUAUAGGGCAAGCUUAUGCACCCAAACUUCAGUGCAGAAUCCAUGGCAAAGAUCACUAAGAGACUCUGCACCCUGGUUCUACGGCUGAUGGCCGUCGGUGCUACCCUUUUGGCUGCAAUUGUCAUGGUUACAAGCCAUCAGAGAACCAGCAUCUUUGGAAUAUCUUUUGAAGUCAAGUAUAACCAUACUCCAGCCUUCCAGUACUUUGUGAUUGCAAAUGCAAUUGCAACUGUAUACGGGUUUCUGGUUAUUUUUCUUCCUUCUAAGAGUCAGCUAUGGAGAUUAGUCGUGGCUUUGGAUGUGGUAAUCACUAUAGUACUGAGCUCAAGCAUUUCAGCAGCUUUGGCUAUUGGUACUCUGGGGAAGAAUGGAGAUUCAUAUGCGGGUUGGCUACCCAUAUGUGGGCAAGUCCCAAAAUACUGUGACCAAGUAAAGGGGGCCCUAAUCUCAAGCUUUGUUGGCCUCAUCAUAUAUGUCCUGCUGCUUCUGUAUGCCAUCCACACUGUCCUCGAUCCUCUCCUCUUGCAAAAAACUUAACUUCUCAAUGAGUAAAAAUGGUCUUGCUGGAUGAGAUUACUUUGUUCUUUGGGUUAUUUAAUUACAGUAUGCAUCUUUAAGUUUGGGUGCAAUAGGAACACCAUACCUUAUUUAAAAUAUUCAAUAUCAUACACAAAUCAUGUUUUAUUUGCAA